UGGGAGUUUGAAGUCAGUUGUGUUUGUGUUCGUUUGGCGGCAUCCGGUGUACCCUCGAGGGAUUCCCGAUUGCGAGUCAAGACCCAAGCCAACUGCACAAGAGGACUAGGGCGGUAAUUACUGUGGAGGUGGCCCCACGUGGUACAACAACAGUACAGUAAUAUUUCACCUUGAGCUGUAGUCGUCGGGGAAGGAAUCGGUACGAGAUGAUACAUCAGUUUAAAUCUUAUGCUGACGAACAUUAUGCAGAAUUUCUACAGGGUAGAUAACAAGAAACGUAAUGUUAACGAUUGCCCCCGAAGCCAUUACUUUGGUGAUAAAAUCCACCUUGCUAAUAAUACGGGAGCUCGAGCUGCUACCGUCACAAUAACAUCACAGACAAUAGAAACGAGACAAAUAAAUCAUGACUCCAAAGUUCGAAACGUUGAAGAGUCCAGUGGCGACGAUCCUCGUACGUCGCCGGUACUCAGGAGUCGUUCCCGUCGGAAUAAGGUGAUAGAAUUGCCCAGCGACUGCAAAUCUUGCAAGCAUUCUAAUUCUGUACAGUUGCAUGUAGAAUGGAAAAAUUAUGAAUUUGGAAAUAGUAAUGGAAAAGUUAGGCAAACUUCACCCGUCCUGAAGAGUCAGAGAAGUUGUAAAUCUUUGUCAAGAUCUGUAAUUGCCGCUUCCCCACCAUGGAAGAAGCUCCAGGUAGAUAAAUGCCAACCACCUGAAGGUGUCGUUACGCUGUCUUGCAAAGAAGUCACUCGUGUUGCACCACCAGAGAGUCCAUCUACUUCGUUUAUGAACCUUGACGACUCUUUAUUGGAAAAUGUCGAUUUUGAAAAAAUUGACACUAUUUGUGCAUCAGUGGAAUCCACUCCAAAGAGGAAAAUAUCAAGAACCAAGAUGACGCCAUUAUCGGGCAAAAUUACGGGUCCUCUUGGUUUUAAUCUACGCAAAACGGUGAAGACGAUCGACGUGCGGAAAAAAGUUGUUAAUAAAGAGGAAAAUCAAAUGAACGUAGACAACAAACAUGGAGGCAGGAGAGGCUAUAAUUAUGGUGUAUCAAAAAGUCUGAUUAAAACUUUUUCUAGUGAAGACAGUGUUUGCCCAGAGAGUACUUCUAGUAGUAACAACAGUAGCACUGCAAUAAACACUCUGGCAUCCAAUAGUAGCUCGGCUAGUAGUACCGAACCAAAAGAGCUGGCCACGAACCCGCCAAUAUUCUCUGGCAGAGCUUCUCCAGAUAUUUUUGACGAUGAUGUUCUUGGUUCGUCUAACGGCAGACUUUCGGAUUCCUUCGAUGCCGAAUUAUGCCUCAUUGAGGAAGGAUACAUCGAGAAGUGUUCUAACGAGGUUUCCAAAAGCGAGACGAAGUGUAGUGUUGUUGCUGGGUCUAAAGAUUCGCCAGUACGUGCCGCGCAUUACGAGGGUUCUCAGUACAAGUCUCAAGAGUCGGAGCUGAGCUUCUCCAGCACGCUCGAGUCCCAGCCACUGAUUGGUCGAUUCCAAGACAAAUUGAAAAAAUUGGCUACAUUGCAACCAUCAGGGCCUGCUGCAGCUCCCUUGAAGUCGGAACACGAGCGUCGAGCCGAAGCCGUGGCUGCAGCCCUUGAGGAAGCUGCCAGAACACGCAUCUCGGGAGAAGACUUCGAGCUUGGGCCAUUUUUUGGCUUGCCUUCUAAGGUAGCAGAGGUCCUCAAGAUACACCGUGGCAUAUCGGAACUGUAUGAUUGGCAAAAAGAGUGCAUUAACGAAGGCAGCGGGUCUAAAAACCUCCUCAUUUCGUUGCCAACUAGUGGCGGCAAGACUCUGGUUGCGGAAGUGCUUAUGCUUCGUGAGCUGCUGCUUAAACAGCGUGACGCAGUCUUCAUACUACCCUAUGUGUCCCUGGUGCAGGAAAAGGUACGAGGUUUGUCUCCUUUUGGAGUGGAACUGGGGUUUCUCGUAGAGGAAUAUGCUGCCAGCAAAGGAACAUUUCCCCCAAAGCCCAGACGAAAAAAACGAGUUAUUUACGUAGCAACCAUAGAGAAGGCAUCAGGACUUGUAAAUGCCCUUCUGGAAACGAGACGUGUUGAAGAGCUGGGCCUCGUGGUGGUCGAUGAAGUACACAUGUUGGGCGAGAAUGGAGGGCGAGGGGCAACGCUGGAAGGGGUUCUCACCAAGAUGCGCUAUGCAGCACCGAAAGUUCGGCUUGUGGCCAUGAGUGCGACAGUUGGUAAUCUGAAGGAAUUGGCCCAUUAUUUGGAUGCCAAGUUGUAUACUGGAAGCUUCAGACCUGUACAGCUAACUGAAUACGUUAAGAUUGGCGAGCAGGUGUGGGAAGUAAACUCGGCUGCCCGAGUAGAUGAAGAUUUACUAAAGAAUCAGCGCCUUUGCUGUUUUCCGUACAGCAGUAGUGAGCAGAAGCGGUUGGAUGCCGAUAUGAUUGGCGGUUUAGUCGGAGAAGUGGUGCCUGAUCACUCCUGCCUGGUCUUUUGCCCGACACGACGCAACUGUGAGACCUUGGCAGAAUUAAUUUGCCGGAUUCUGCCGCGAGGUUUGAUUCAGAUAAAGCAUGUAAACAAGGUCUCGUUGUAUCGAGCAUUGGUGGAGGAAGGUGGCGGUUCUGUGUGCUCGGUUCUCCGUAAAACAUUGCCUUAUGGAAUUGCUUACCAUCACUCAGGUUACCAUGAUGGCACUAGGAAGCUGCUGGAGAAUACUAGUACAACAAUAACUCUGCAUUUUGCUGUGGUUUCAUGGCAUAAAUUUAUUAUGAGUAUCAUAAUAUGUUUUUUUCAGGCCAAAUCCUUAUUCCUGUCACCACUGGAAGUGUGUCAGUCUACCUUGGCCGAUAACGAAGACCGGGGAUUAACGUCGCUCUUAUUCUCGUCCAUGGGACUCGGUGUUUCCAUCUCUCUUCCGGAGUUGAAGCGCUUGGUUGGCUGUUCACUUCUGGCGCUACAGGCAUCGGCACGCAACAUAGACGUACACACAAAGAUAAUGGAGAUUGUGGAACAUCUUCGAAAGCAAGGCUUGGUAUGCAUCAAGCCCGAGGGAGAUUUUCUCAGCUCGGCAUCGUCCUCUGCAAACAAGAAUGAGAGUAGAAUGCAGUACAAGUCUUCUGGGACGUCAAGUAAGAACGAAUCCACGCCACAACUGUCGAAGUCCCUGGAGAACUCGGCACAACUCGCUCGGCCAGUCACUGACGACGACACGCUUGUUGUCAGUAGAUUUGGUCGUGCAGCUAUCAAAGGCAGCAUCGACCUAAGCUUGGCAAGUCGGCUGUACAAGGACCUUUGCCUGGCCCGGGAGAAUCUGGCACUCAACAGCCACCUGCAUCUCCUGUACCUCGUCAUACCAUACGAGGUCGUCAGCUCCGUCAGUAUCCUACCUGACGUCUUCUACAAUGCUUACAUGUCACUUGGAGAGGAGGAAAUGAAAGUAGCCAAACUGCUGGGCAUCACCGACGGCGUAAUCGUCAAACUUUCCAUGGGCCACAAGAGUAAGAAAGUUGACCAGAAUGUGUUGCACCGAUUUUAUGUGGCAUUGCUGCUGCACCGCAUUUGGUCGGGGAUGGGAAUAUGGCAAGCUAGUGACCUGUUUCGUGUUCAUAGAGGAUUUACGCAGAAUGCAUUGUCGUCGUCUGCAGCAUUUGCUUCCUGCGUUUUCCAUUUUUGUCAGGAACUUGAAGAACUGUGGGCUUUUCGAGACCUCUUGGCUAACUUUGCUCGUCAGAUCUCUGGCUGCUGCUCGGCUGAACUACUGCCGUUGUUGGACCUGCCAGCUGUGAAACAGGGUCGUGCUCGAAUGUUGUACAACGCAGGUUAUCACACGCUGCAAGAUGUUGCAAACUCCGAACCUCACGAUCUUGUCAACAGUGUCGAGCAUUUGCCACAUCGCAUAGCUGUGCAGAUUAUCAAUUCUGCUAAGAUGUUGCUAAUUGAACGAGCGGAGACACUUCAAGGAGAAGCCGAAGAGGUGCUUUUGGGGCUACGUCAUCACCUCCCACAGUCUCAGAUGAGUACCAAAUUAGCACCAUCAUCUUCACCCGAUGCCAAUCCUGACUCCAAGGCAUCUCCAUCAACUACCCGGAAUGCACCAACAUCAACAAAAUCUGCAACAGGAGCCGUCACGUGAAAACGUAAUAAAGUUUCCGACUAUUAAUACGAAUGAAUUUCUUUCCGGCACGUUGACAAGACCCUAAGUAUACGGACGUGUGUAUCAGGUGGCGGUGCAGUGAAGGGUUGGGUGUAACCCAUUGUGAUGUGUGUGAUUUUCACUGUUUAUAUUUGUUUAUUAAAAGGAUUACAAGUAGAGCGAGUAUACCCCUCCCCCAUUGCUUCCUUUUGGCUGAUAGCUAAUCGCUGCCUCCCGGUAUACUGUAUACCGGGUAUACAUAUACCCGGUAUACUGUAUACCCGGUAUACUGUAUACUGGUAUACUGUAUACUCUUCACUUGCUUAUUUCACUUUCAGUGAAUGCUGGACAUAUUUUUUUAAUCGGUUUAUAACUAAAGAAGUUUGCCAGCUUUACUCACUCAGUUCUACCACAGACAAGAUAUAUUUUACGAUGUUACAAGUACUGCAUCAGAUACCAGUGACAUAGUUAAAUAAAACAGGAGAAGAUUCCAUGCACAUUUGGACUUCCAGAAGGAACGGCAUAAAAAAUAUAAAGUUUGAAUAAAUAAUGUGAAAGUCAUUUAUAGUAGCAGCCUGUGGUGGGAGAAUGGUGGAUAUGAUAAGGUAAGGAAGGUUUCUAAAUAUUCUAAUAACUACCAUGAUAAUAUUGCUCGUUCAUAAUAUAAAUAACAAUAUUCAAAGUAGAGUAUUGGCAAGAGCAGUGAUGCGCAGUAGCUUCAUAAAACAAGGUGUGCCAAGUAAGGUAUUUAAACCGAUGUCGUUAAAUAUGCAGAUUGGAAUUUUUUUUCUUUAAUAAAAGCUGCAUAUUUGAUUAGUAAUUAGUUCAACUCAGUCUUGUGUUUGAACGUGAUCUUGGUGUCUUAAUUUAUUUCCAUAUAAAAAUGUAAUUAUAUUCAUACUUUUAUAAGGAUAUAUUUAUGUACAGAUCUCUAAAUAAAAGUAUAUAAUACUUU